AGUUGACGUAAAUUGCCAAUUACAUAUCUUAAACGCGAAUUCAGUUAUCAAAGUGAUAAUAAUAUUAAUUAAAAUAAAGGUGAUUAUAACGAAAUAACAGCUAUAAAAGUAUCGUCAAGCGCUCACAAAAUUAACAUUUACCGACUUAAUUGCACAUCAAAAUGAAAUUGUUUAUUUUCUUAAUUUCAAUAUUGGUAUUAUCCAUUGGUGUUAGUUGUCAACGGAACAGAAAUAGCAAGAGAAAAUUGUCAGCAUUUGGUGGGUUAUAUCCGAUAGUCUUCACCCCGAUGGACGAUGGGGGUAACAUCAACAUGACGGUUAUACCAGCGUACGCCAAGUACUUGAGCAAAUGCGGGGUCCAGGGAGCUGUGGUGGCGGAUAUUGGUGGAGAAGGUCCAAGUCUAAGCAUCUCUGAGAAGAAGAAACUGUUCGCCGCGUGGGUGAUAUCUGGUAAGCCAUUCGGGUUGAAGAUCAUUGGAGUGGUGGGUGGUACGUCUGGACCCGAAGUCGUUGAACUGGCUAAAUACGCGGAGACGAUCAAUAUCGACGCGCUCUUCGUUUUACCUCAACCGUACAUCGAACCCCACACCCCUGAGCUGAUCACGAAGGCGCUGAAAGAAUUGUCCUUCCAUGUGCCUUCUCUUCCUCUCUUCUAUAACCAUUGCCCGGAAUACACUGGUCUUGAUGUGCACGCGCCAACUCUCUUCAAAAUUGCCUCAGAGAAGGUUCCUCAGUUCAAAGGAAUUGCCCUUGAGGUAAAAUUAGCCGUUGGUGUCAUAGCCGUCAACGAACUAAGGAAGGAUCAGAACCUAUUCAUCUCCAAUAGUAUUGCAGCAGGCGGUGGAACUUUGAUGGGCUUCGACGCUUUCAACCUUAUUGUACUGAACUUAUUCCCAGGACUGAUUCAGGAUAUAAUCAAGCUAACCUCUACCGGAGACGUGGAUAGGGCGAGAGAAGAACAGAGGAAACUGAACACCCUGGUAGCGACUAUUACUAAGCAAGGUGACUAUAUAUCGGCGCAGAAGGCAGCUAUGGAGAUAAUCACCGGCCUACCCAUGGGCAAGCCUCGUUCGCCACUGCGCUCCAUUUCUAGAGAGGGUCGCAAUAACAUUAAAGAUAUUCUCAAGGACUGUGGAAUUGACAUUGCCAAGAAAUAAUGUUAUAAUCCCCUGGCUUCUUUAUUAGUAUCAGAGAAUAUAGCGUGUUCUUGACAUUAUAAAAUUAAAUGUUUGUUGUUUGAA